UUGAUAAAACUAUUUGGACAACCACUCAUUUUAGGAAAUAUUUUACACAGUGUUCUAUAUGGAACAUGUCCAAGCCUCUUAUGCCAUAGUUAAAGAUUUGUUUUAUCUGCUAUUUCAUAUUAGUGGAAAGUAUAAUCCAUUCUUUUCUUUAUCAAUCUCCUUCACCUUCCCACUCCAAAGAUCCUGAAACACAAAGAAGUUUGGGAAGAAAGUUGCAAAACAAUUAAGUUGUUUAGUAGCCUGUGACACUGAUAACAAGUUAUAUUUGAAUUGAGGUAAAUGGAACACGUUUUGUAUAGUGUUCCUAUCAGAGAUACUACUAGAGCCUGUAUGUGUAACAAGUGACAUAUCACCAUUUGGUAAUGUAACUUCUUGUGGAUGCACUGACUCGGAUAUUGAACCUUUAUUUUGAAGUUCAAUGUUUGUUGUCAUGUGAUUUGUAGCACCUGUAUCAAUAAUCCACUAAUGAGGUUUAUUGCUAACCAACAGGGCCCUACCAAUACCUGUCAUGUUUGCUGCAGUAGUAGAAGGUAUAGAUGCUGAAACUUGAUUCUGUUGUUCCAACAUUUUACAAAUUUGAUCAAACUGUCCAGGUGUAAACCUUGGUGUAGUCAUCCCAUCCUCUGGUAAACUUUGUGAAUUCUGAUAAGCACCAUGUGAUUGAGUCUGUUGAGGCUGCAGCUGCCAAUCUUCAACCACAUCAUUAUGAUCACUAGAAGCAAUCUUUCUCUGCUUACUUUUGUUAUCAACGUCACUUCUAAAGUCAUUGUUGACUCUUUGAUCUCCAUGUUUUGGAUGAUCUGGUGGAUAUCCAACUAACUUGUAGCAAUCCAUCUUAUAGUGACCUUUCAUCUUGCAAUGAUCACAAACAGCAUUUGGGUUAUAAGUUGAACAUAGUUCCUUUUUCCCUUCUGAUAACCACCUUGAUAUCCAGUUUUAGAGUACAUUGCAACAACAUCAAGUGUAGUAGGUGUAGCACCAAGAAGACCUGUUCCCUGUACUGACUGAGCCAUCUAAUUCUCAUCACUUAUGAUCACGGAGUAGUCCAUGUUAACAGUAGGUAGUGGUGUCAUUAAAAAGAUUUGGCUUCUUGCUUGUGAGUAUGAAUCAUUCAAGCCCAUUAGAAACUGAUACAACUUUUGUCUUUGAAGAUAAGCUAAAAAAUCUCUUGAUUUUUCACAGUUACAAGCAGGUGAUGGGACUAAAAACUAAAACUCAUCCCAUGAGUCUUUCAACUUAGUGAAAUAAACAGAAACAGAUUGAACACCUUGGGACACAGUUGCAAUUUCUUGAUGCAAAUUGUACGUUCUUGAUCCAUCUAUUUUAUCAAAUCUUUCUUUAAGAUCCAUCCACACAUCAGAAGCCUUCGAGGCAUGUACUACCCCUCCAAGAAGGUUACUAGACACUGAAUUCAUCAGCCACGACAGUACUAUUGCAUUAACCCUUUCCCAUUGGUUAGCUAAGUCUGUAGAGAAGAUUUCUUUCUUCCAAGAACCAUCAACCAUUCCAAACUUAUUCCGACCUAAUAAUGCAAUCCUAACUGUCUUACUCCAUACUACAUAAUUUUCACUUCCUUGUAACUGAAAUGAAGCAAGCGAAGUACUUGAGAUUUCUGCAGUUGAGAGAUACAGAGGGUGAUUGAUAUCCAGAGUAGUAGUAGUAAACUGAAACGAAGUACUGGAAUUUGCAUUAUUCGUUGGAGGUACAGUUGAAGUACCAAUUCCAUCAACACCAGUCGCGAUGGAAAUUGAUUACAGAGGAUUUGCAGAAGUACUCACUCCCAGAUUCUGUAGUUCUUGAUUUCAAGAACAAAUGUAGUUUUCACUUGAGAAUUAGGAUCGAGUCUCACGUACUGAUUCAAUUCAGUGUAAGCUCUGAUACCAUGAAGAAUUAAGUGAUCUUAAUGGUAAUCACCAUGAACAACUAAACAAGAAAGCAAGAAAGCAAAAGAGAAGAGAGGAGAAGAGAGAACAGAGAUAAUUAUAGAGCAUUAGCCAAAACUCUAAUUCUUUGUAUUCAAGUUGUGAUUCAAUAGUACAUGAUACAUGUGUAUAUAUAUAGGCAGUUAGUAAGUGAGCUAAUACUACUAGUAGGUUAGUUGGUUGGUCAGUGAUGAGCUAGAGGUUAGUUAUAACUAACUUCACUGAGUGAUUGCAGUAGUAAUUUGACAUGGUUGGAACACCUUUAACAACCUGCUUCAACAGAAUUCUGCUUUGUGCAAUUCUCCUGCAAGUUAAAGAAAGUAUUCUUUCCAUAACUUUUUUCAUUUUAGUGUUUGGUUUUUGGGAAAUCAGGCAUAGAACAUCUUUGAGAGUGAUGAAAGAGCAAAGAGUUGAUGAAGUGGAGGAUCAAAUAUCCAAAUUACCGGAGCCAAUUUUGAAUCACUUUAUGGGCUUACUCCUUGCUAAAGAUGCUGCACGAAUGAGUACACUGUCAAAGACAUGGUAUGCUGCUUGGAGUUCCCUCCCCUAUUUAAACUUUGGCGAUAGAUUCUUCUAUCGUGAAGUGCGUGGCCGCUGGAUACUUUCAGAAAACAUACAAGAGCUUGUGCAUAUUGUUGAUCAAACUCUAGCCAAUCGGAAGAAGCACAAGAUUUCUGUCCAAAAGUUCUGGCUAAAAGUACCAUCCAGUUACCGGAUGAGCUCAUCUUAUGUUCAUAAUUGGAUUAAAAUCCUGGUCACAAGUAAUAUCAAGGAGUUGAUUUUAAAAGUAGGCGAAUCAGAUAGUAGUUUCGAUAGCUUGCCUGAAGAACUCUUCGUUGCUGAGGGAUUAAACAUUCUUAAUUUACGUGGAUUUAAGCUUGAAUUGCCUCUUCAUCAUGGUAUAAAGUUUUCAUCUUUGCGAAAUUUAAGACUCACUGAUACAUAUUUGGAUGAGAAACUCGUUCAAGAUUUAUGUGCAAGCUGCGUUUGUUUAGAGAAGUUAAGGUUAUCCUGUUGUCGCGGACUAGCCAGCUUGCAAAUUGCAGCAAGUUUACUGAAACUGAAGACGGUUUGGCUAUGUUGCCUUCCUGAACUCCAGAUAGUUGAUAUUGCAGCACCAUAUCUUGAAAAUGUUUACAUUGAAAGUCAGCUAUGGAAUCUACAAGUAGUUAAAAUAACUUGUAGCAAAUCCUUGAAAACUUUGUACAUCGUUGAUGUGUAUGUCACUGACGGAUGGCUAAAAGAUCUUCUUGUCAAUCAACCCAAACUUGAGUGCUUGUCCUUAUCGGGUUGUUUAAAGUUGCAAGCCAUCAAGAUCUCAAGUGACCGGCUGAAGUAUCUUGCAUUAUCGUGGUGCUUAGAAUUGAUCGAUGUUGAACUGGAAACUCCUAAUUUAACACGCUUCAGAUGUGAGUGCGAUGAAAAUUUGCCAACCCUCAAGCUUAUGAAAGCUUCAGUUUUUCUAGUAGUUGAACUCGAAUUCUCCCUAACAAAUAUACUUGAUAGUCAUUGGUAUUCUGUGCUCAUGAAAUUUCUCGGAAACUUCAAGCAGUCAAAGGCUAUUAAGUUAGAUUGCUGCGACAAGAAUGGGAUAGUGAUACCAAACCACAUGAGAGAAAACUUGGUUCCUCCACUCUAUGGUACUAAUGCUAACUGGCACAUUAUAUUUAAUACUUUUGGGGAUUGCUCACUCAUGGACAUUCUUGAUAGUUUGCUUUGGAUUUCUCCUCAACUUGACACCCUAACUUUUGUUCGGGAGUCAAACUUAAACAGUACCUUGAAGUUCAUAUAUGAAGAUGCAUCAGCUGAAGGUGAGAAAUUUCGUUGGAGACAUAAGUUAAAGAAAGUCAAAAUGGAAAACUUUACAUGUAUGGAGCAACAAGAGUUAAGAAAUUAUCUUUUCACAAAUGAAGAUUAUAUCGGAGAAGAGGCGUCCGUUGUCUAACAGAUAAGACAGAGGUUUCUACAACUUUGGUUGUCUAAACUCAUGGAAUGAGCUUUUUGAUUACCGUAGAAGAAAAGAGUUGCAUUUACUCGCAGGCGAUGAUGAAGAGGCUAUAGCAGAUAUCGAGAAGUUGUUGAUGGUUUCAUUGUUAUUUGGUGCAUUCAAGGAAGUCUAGCAUUAAGGCCUAGGAUGAAGAAAGUCAUGCUAAUGUUUGAGAUAUUCUAUUGAACCAUGUUUUUCAAUUAUCCUUUUUGUACGCUAUGUGGCUCGGGAUCGCCUAGAUGUUGGCCCACCUGUAUCUGAUCCUCCAAAAAGUGCACUAUUUUUGGAAGGUCCAUGCAAUAUAGUUUGUGUGUUCUCUGCA